AGCGCCAUAGCCACGGUAGCCCUGGCGACAAGAACCCAGCAACGAGAAUCAACAACAACAACAACUGAAACCGCCAUAAAAAUAAAAGAAGAUAUUUUGCCAGUGGGAAAUACACACGUGGAACCAGAGCCUGAUUCCCUGCUCUUGUAAUGGCCACUACAGGCUAUGUAGGUGAGAUCCAGCCAGCGGCCCAAACUCAGGGGACUGCUGUCACUGUGACAACGGGUCAACCUGAUGCCAGCUCCACCCCUGUAACUGCCCCACAAUUUUUGGCUGAGAUUCAGACUACUGUGGCUGCUCCCUCUGUGGUCACACCCACAGGCCAAACUACUCCCACAGAGCAAGCCGCUUCCAUCACCACCCAAAAGCCCGCUGCUAGUCAGACCCAGUCCACAGUGCAAGCCCAGCCAGCUCAGACGCAGUAUGUGACUGCAGAGAUCCAGGUCCCCACGCAGUCAGGAAAUGCUCAGAGCACUCCACAGUACAUCGUUGUUACUGUCACAGAGGGUUCCCUUCACUCAAAUGACAGUGUGUCAGACUCCAGUCCACCUCCAGCUGUGGUGCAGACUGGAGUCCCCACACAAGUUGUUCAGCAGGUGCAGACAGCUCAGCAGAGGUCAGUGGUGCAGGCCACCUCCCAGAUUGCCAAAACUGAGCCAGGCACACAGCUCAGCGUCACCAGUCUACAGCCUGUCCACAUCACCCAGGAGGUCCAGCAGCAGCUCACAUCAGUGCCAGUGCAACAUGUGUACACCAAUCAAGUGCAGUAUGUUGAAGGAGAAGACAACAACUACACCACCAGCACCAUUCGCUCCGGCACCUUCCCUUACACCGACACCCCUUUGUACACCCAGACCACCGCCGCUCCAUAUUACGAAGGUCAGCCGACUUCCGGCACCCAGGCCUCCACGCCCGGCACACCUCUGACUGUGUCCGUGACAGCCGGCACCACAGCGGGCGUCUCGAUGUUCGUGGCCCAGCCUACCACCGCGGCGGGGGAGGCCACAGUGGUGACGGCAGGCGGCACGACCAACGGGGCCGGAGAAGGGGCAGGGACCAACGGCGGCGCGGCAGGCAGUUAUGUGAUCCAGGGGGGUUACAUGCUGGGCAGCGGCGGCAGCAGCAGCAGCAGCGGGUCGGCAGCUGGCAACAGUCAGAACUACUCACACACUGCCCGCGCCUCUCCGGCCACUGUGAGUAUUACAGAGGGCGAGGAGAGUAGCGUGCCGUCGGCAGACAAGAAGGUACAGUGGUUGCUGGACAACUAUGAGACAGCUGAAGGAGUGAGUCUGCCCCGUUCCACCCUUUACUGCCAUUACUUGCUGCACUGCCAGGAGCAGAAGCUAGAACCUGUUAAUGCUGCAUCAUUCGGGAAACUCAUAAGAUCUGUGUUCAUGGGGCUACGCACACGGCGUCUGGGCACUCGGGGUAAUUCUAAAUACCACUAUUAUGGGCUGAGAAUCAAAGCGGGCUCUUCUCUUCUCCGGCUGAUGGAAGACCAACAACACCUGGCUAUGAGGCAACAGCCGUUCUCACAGAAACAGAGGUUGAAGCCUGUUCAUAAGGUGGAAGGAAUGACCAAUGGAACGGCAGCAGGAGCAGGUCAGCAGCAGCAACAGCAGCAGGGAUCGGGCCACGUGGAUAUCAGCACCCAGGUUCAGCAGUACCAACAGUUCCUUGAUGCAUCCAGAGCUCUCCCAGAGUUCCCAGAGAUCGAUCUCCAGGGGAAGUCUCUGCCAGAGGGCAUUGAGCUGGAGCACAUAAAGAGCUUUCAGCUGCUGUACAGAGAACAUUGUGAGGCUAUUCUCGAUGUGAUGGUUAACCUGCAGUUUACCCUAGUGGAGACUCUGUGGAAGACCUUCUGGAGGUUCAGCCAAAGUCAGGCCGGAGAUGCCACGUUGGCCGUUCACGAUGAGUCAGAGAAGCGUCUCCCUAAGUCCUGCCUGGUGUUGCUGUGCAAAUAUGAGCCAGUGCUGCGCUGGAGCCGCGACUGUGACAACAGCCUCUACCAGGGCCUGGUGGAAAUCCUCAUCCCUGAUGUCCUCAGACCCAUCCCCAGUGCCUUAACUCAAGCCAUUCGCAACUUUGCCAAGAGCCUGGAGAGCUGGCUGACCAAUGCCAUGAUGAACAUCCCUGAGGAAAUGGUCCGCAUCAAGGUCACAUCAGCCAAUGCUUUUGCUCAGACCCUGCGCCGCUACACCAGUCUGAACCACCUGGCCCAGGCAGCCCGUGCUGUCCUCCAGAACACGGCUCAGAUCAAUCAGAUGCUGUCCGACCUCAACCGCGUCGACUUUGCCAACGUCCAGGAGCAGGCUUCAUGGGUGUGCCGGUGCGAAGACCGUGUGGUCCAGCGGCUCGAGCAGGACUUCAAGCUGACCCUCCAGCAGCAGAACUCACUGGAGCAGUGGGCCGCGUGGCUUGACGGUGUGGUCUCCCAGGUCCUAAAGCCCUACCAACAGAGCCCUGCUUUCCCUAAAGCUGCCAAGCUCUUUCUGCUCAAGUGGUCCUUUUACAGUUCCAUGGUAAUCAGAGACCUCACCCUGCGGAGUGCCGCCAGCUUCGGAUCCUUUCACCUGAUUCGUCUGCUAUACGACGAGUACAUGUACUACCUUAUCGAGCACAGAGUGGCCCAGGCUAAAGGAGAGACCCCCAUUGCUGUUAUGGGAGAGUUUGCCAGCUUAGGCCGAGGUCUGAACCAGCUGGAUCCGGAUAAAGAAGAGGAAGAAGAAGAGGAGGAGGAGAGUGAUGAAGAAGGUCAGGAGCUGUCCCUUCCCUCAGACGGGGCCGUGCUCGGAGAGGAGUCUCUGGAGCCGCCUGCCAAGCUGGCCAGAACUGACCAGAGAGUUCUCUUCGCCACUGGGUCAGCUGACAACUAGCCGCAGUGUAAAUGACAUGUGCUGAUCUCACAGACACACACGCCGAUGUACAAAGAACAGUAAUUUAUACCCCCUGACACCUGUAUAUAGAGCUUGUUGAGGUACGCCCACGUGCACUCUCGCUGCAUAUGGUUCUGUUUGCGUGCAGUCCUCAGGCACACACAAUCAAAACACACUCAAGUCAGUAACUGCUGCUGCCCGGAUGGCACAACCGCCUGUCGCCACCAUUGAUUACUCCCACAGUCAGUGGCGUUUUGUAACAGGACGUGGCUUCAGAAACCCGGGGUCUCUUGAUGCAGAGAGGACCUUCAGUUGUAUGAAUCUGUAAAAACAAAACAAACUAAAGCCAGGCACUUCUUUUCGUUUAUCUCCUCAUCGCGCCGCAGCCUCGCUGUUUUUCCCUCUCAUUGCUGUAAAACGAAUGCUCGCCCUCCCACCACUGUCACUGCCGUAUCAAAGUGGUCUUUAAAAGGUACUGCGGUGUGUUUGUGUGCGGAGCGGACCGUAAGCGGUGUUUGAAUUUAGUCACUACUUCAUUUACCGCUUUGUGGGAGCGUAGGGUUUUUUGUUGUUGUUGCUUUUUUUUUUUUUUUUUAAAGACAGCAGGCGACUUUUUUGUGUGUGUCAGCUUGUACGAGCACUGUGGUCACACCGCUCUGCUGUUAUUUGUAGAGGCCGAGUGAACACGCGUUUUUACCCGGUCGUGCGCGUCUGUUUGCGUGACUCAUGCCGAGUGGUGACUGUUGUGUAGAUAUUUUCUAGAGCAUUCAUGGUUUGAUUUUUUUUUGAUGGCGUGUGCAGAUUUCCUGUGUGAUUCACCUGUUAAAAGACAAAAAGAAAAAGAGAAGCUCUCGUGUUCUCGGAGUGCCUACCUCAGCUGCCACAAACACUUGUAAAGAUGAAGCUCCAGCUGUGAAGUAGGAACUCCUGUUAGUUGCUGCAAGAAAAAAAUUCU